AUGGCCGAGCUAGAGGACAAGGCCUCUGCAGCCCCCACCGAGGGGGAGAGGCUGGUCCCAUCACAGGAGAAUGGAGCAAGUGAGACCCCCCUAGGGGUCCUCAGCACCCUAGAGCCACUUCUUCGCCUGCAGAGGGAUGUUAGGCAGGCAAAAGUAACAGACAUCUGUGCACACCCUUGUCAAAUUGACCUUUGCCUCCCCCCUCCCACCCAGAGUUUCCUGGUCAUAGGACAAGACCCCAGCCAGGUCCUGGUGUUGAGGACAGGACCUUCACCAGGGGAAGUCAAGACCUACCAGAUCCAGAAGUUUUCUGGAGGUGUGACCCUGGAAUCCUCCAACCUCUGCAUGCCAGACGUGCCCCAUCUCCUGGCUUUCUUAUCAGCUAGCAGGGAUGUUUUGCCCAGAACUCUGCUCUUGCCCCCUCCCACUCUAGGGCCUGGAAACGAACACACAGAUCCUUUGCAGACUGGGAGGGUCCAACUUGACACCUCAGGGAAGACAUUUUCUGUGGUGAAUCAGCUCUACUUGGAGACCCACAGAGACUGGGAGAUGGAGCAGAUCCCCCAAGAGACAAAGCCAGAGACUGUGCAGAUACAUGGUCCAGCCCCCAGGAACCCUGCCCCACACCGUGUCUCCUGGGUGGAAGGCCCACUCAGCCCAGAAGUGCACCAUCCUGGGCCGGCUCUGGCCAGCCUAGUGGAGGAGGAGGACGACGACGAAGAUGAAGAAGAAGGACCUGAGGACGUGCUCACUGUUCAUGUCCGGGCUCUGGCCAGGGACCGGAGCAGCUACGUGGCCCGGCAGUACCGGGGCCUUCGAGCACGCCUCACCUCCGAUUCAGGGGGUCCCCACAGGCCUGGGGACCCAGCCACGGAGCUGCUCCAGGAUGUGCGACACCUCCUUACUGACCUUCAAGACUACUUGGCAAAGGACCCUGACGUCAGGGCUGUCUUUGGAAGAAGGGGAUCUGGGGUCCCCCAGAAGGAUGAGGAUCUUGGCCCCGCGGUGGAGGCGGCCGUGUGCCGGGCGGUGCUGGCGCCCCUGAAGCCCGCCCUAUGGAGGAGACUCCGCACGCUCCGUGCCCAGGAGCUGCGGCUACUGCGACGGCGACAAAUAGCCCUGAGGGCGGGGGCGGGGCCUCUAGGGGCUCAGGGGACAGGGCCCGAGGGGCAGAGCCCCGCCCCCAGCCUGCGGAGCCGCAUCCACGCGCGCCUCGAGCUCCUCCACGCCGCCUGCGCCCCGCGCCGCAAGGUGGCGCUUCUGCUGGCGGUGUGCGGUGACGUCUACGCGGGCCUGGCUCGGGGCGAGGACCAAGAGCCCCUGGGGGCCGACGCCUUCCUGCCGGCGCUGACCGAGGAACUGAUCUGGAGCCCGGACAUUGGGGAGACGCAGCUGGACGUGGAGUUUCUUAUGGAGCUCUUGGAUCCCGACGAACUACAGGGGGAAGCUGGGUACUACCUGACCACGUGGUUUGGGGCGCUGUACCACAUUGCCCACUACCAGCCUGAGGCGGGCCGGGCCCCUCGGAGGCUCAGCUCUGAGGCCCAUGCCUCCCUGCGCCAGUGGCACCGCAGGCGGACGCUGCAUGGACAGGCCUGUCCCGGAGCCCAGGCUGACCUGCCCUUUGAGGAGCCAUGGGCGGUAGGGACUGUGCCAGAGAUCGGUGAUGAUUAGGGGUCUCAGACCCCUCUGCUCCUCAAGCAAGAUGCAGGAAGCCUCUGGUCUUUACGCGGAUGUCACCUCAGUGAGGCUCUCCUAGACACCCUGUCUAAAACUGCAACUCCUUUCAUGUGACUCUCCCUGUGGUAGGCAGAAUAACACCACUGCCCCCAAGACGUCAUGUUCUAAUCCCCAGAAUCUGUGAAUAUGUCACCUUCCUUGGUAAAAAGGACUUUACGGAUAUGAUUACAUCAACGGUCAGGAUGAGAAGGUUAUCCUGGACUUGGGUGGACCCUGUGUUAUCACAGGGUCCUUAUAAGAGGGAGGAAAGAUCUUCAGUCAGAGAAAGAGAACUGAUGAUGAGUGGAGGUCACAUCACAUCGUGGCCAAGAGCCAACAAAUGCAUGCAACUUCCAGAAGCUGAAAAACAAAAGGAAUGGAUUUCCCCCUGGAACCCUCAAAAGGAACUCAGCCUGUGAUUUUAGACUUCUAAGACCCAUUUUGGACUUCUGGCCUCUAGAUCUUUAAGAUAAUAAAUGUGUGUGGGGGGUGGG